GUUCUGUCGGUGUAAUAGUGCAAGCAGCGCCAGCGUCUCGUCGUUGGUCGUCAGUCGUCAGUCGUCAGUCUCCGUCCAGCUGCGGGACAACUUAGGCCUAAGAGUCGUUAGACGAGCCAAAGGAGACUGGCUUGAGUCCGGGCUUCCCCGAAGCUCGGACCCUCGUGACAACCCCUAUCGUUGCCACGGCGAUGACUCCUCGGGUCUCCGCACUCCUCCCGUAGGAGCAACGAAGCUCGCCGCCCGGGCGCCAAGAGCCUACGUAAGGCGCGCGAGUGUCUGUCGAAGAAGUCACCGCGCUACCACGAGCAGAGAUGGCCGACGACUCCAGUGUACGCGUCGCUGUCCGGAUCCGACCGCAAGUGGCGCGCGAGGUGAUCGACAUGUGCCGAAUAUGCACCCAAGUGCCGACUGGUGAGCCCCAGGUGUUCCUCGGGCCGGACAAGGCCUUCACCUACGACUACGUCUUCGACACGAGCUCCGACCAAUGCUCAAUCUACGAGACGUGCGUGGCGAGACUCGUCGAGGGUGCCCUCGACGGCUACAACGCGACGGUCUUCGCCUAUGGACAAACCGGUUCUGGCAAGACCUACACCAUGGGCACGGGUUUCGACGUAGAGAUCGACGAUACCGUGACCGGGAUUAUUCCCAGGGCGAUCAAGCACCUUUUCGACGGCAUAACGGAGAAACAAGCGCGCGCCAGGGAACGCGCCCAGAUGCCUCCGGAGUUCAAGGUGACAGCGCAAUUCUUGGAACUCUACAAUGAGGAUCUGAAGGACCUUCUUGAGCCUGGUGGUCCGCGUGGGGGAGCCCGUAUCCACGAAGACACGACGGGCAACAUCCAUCUCGCCGGGGUCGAGUCCCGCAUCGUCACCAGCCCACAAGAGGCCCUCGAGUAUCUGCGCCUAGGUGCCUUAUCCAGAACGACCGGUUCCACGCAAAUGAAUACUCAGUCCUCGCGAUCCCAUGCGAUAUUCACCCUCUACGUGAAGCAGCAGCGUUGCAUUAAAAUCGAGGACCCCGACGCGGACGUGGACACGACGAACGCCAUGGAAUCUGCCAGUGAAUUCGAGACUCUGACGGCUAAAUUUCAUUUCGUCGACUUGGCCGGCUCCGAGAGAUUGAAGCGGACCGGAGCUACGGGUGAUCGAGCCAAGGAGGGCAUUUCCAUCAAUUGUGGACUGCUGGCGUUGGGCAAUGUCAUUUCGGCUCUGGGCGACAAGACGAAGAAAGCCCUCCACGUGCCUUAUCGAGACUCCAAGCUGACGAGGUUGCUGCAGGACUCGCUGGGGGGCAAUAGCCAGACGGUCAUGAUAGCUUGCGUCUCACCGAGCGACCGCGACUUCAUGGAAACUCUCAGCACCUUGAAAUAUGCCAAUCGGGCUCGAAAUAUCAAAAACAAGGUUACUAUUAAUCAGGAUAAGAGCUCGAGGACCAUCGCCUCGCUGCGAAGGGAGAUUCAACAGCUUCAAAUGGAAUUAUUGGAGUAUCGCCAAGGCAAGCGAGUGGUGGGCGAGGAUGGCGUGAACGACGCCUGGCACGAAAACCAAAUGCUGAACAGCGAACUCCAGAGUCUGCGGACGCGGGUUAAGGCCUUGUCGGAGACUGUGGACGUCCUCACGGCUAAGAACUCCCUGCUGCUGGCCGAAAAGGCCGCUGGACAGUGGAUGUCCUCGGGCGCCGCUGCCGCUGGAGGCGACGUCACCGGACUUGUCCAAGGCUACCUUCAGGAGGUGGAGGAGCUGAGGGCGAGACUCCUGGAGGCCGAAGCGCUUUAUCAGCAACUCAAGAAACGCCAGAUGCACAUGAAUGCAGCUAAUAAUUCUUACGGAGACACCUCCCAUGUUUUGCAUAAUGACUCGUCCUCGCUGUUACUGGAUGCUAAAAAGGAAUUGCAGAAGGAAAAGGCACUUUUAGCGAGCCUUAAAAAUCAACAGGCCCAAAAUUCAAAUAUUAGCAAUCGAGACGGCGACGAUGGUGACAUGGAUGAUACCGAGAAUGGUCAGGAAUCCAUGAGUGAGGAUGAAUCGGAUGACGAUUCCGAUCGAAAAGAAGAGGACGAGGAGGAAGAGGCUAUGGGUCGCGAAUUGGAAAAUUUAACGUCGAAUAUCGAUGUAAAACAACGUCUCAUCCAGGAGCUCGAGCUUUCCCAAAGACGCCUGCAGACUAUGAAGCAGCAUUACGAGGAUAAAUUGGCUCAAUUGCAACUUCGCAUACGCGAUACGCAGGAUGAAAGGGACAAAGUGCUUUCUUCACUUCAGCAGCAGCCCUCUGCCCCGACGGAGAAGGUGAAAAAAUUACGCGACGAGUAUGAAAAGAAACUCUUGUCCAUGCAGAAGGAAGUGAAGAUACUCCAAUCCGCUAAGAAAGAGCACGCCAGACUGUUGAAGAAUCAGACCCAAAAUGAGAAUCGACUUCGAGGGCUGCGUAACGAACUCGCUGAAAUGAAGAGAGCGAAGGUGAAGCUUUUGAACAAGAUGCGCGAGGAGGCGCAGCGUCACAAAGAGAAUGAGCUCAAACGGAAUCGCGAAAUCGCGCAGUUGCGGAAGGAGAGUCGACGUAACGCCAACAUGAUUAGAACACUAGAGGCCGAUAAGCGCAUGAAAGAGGUUGUGCUGAGGAGAAAGCAAGAAGAGGUCUCAGCGCUGAGAAAGAGGGACCGAGGUCUGAGUCAAAAAGCCGCCGGCAGGACCGCGACUCCCAAGAUAUUAAAUCCAAAGGCUCUCAAGCAGCGUUGGCAAACCUUCGAGAGGACGAUUACUAAGCAGGCCUUGGCAAAACAGGCGGUCGCUGAGACUGAGCGAGAAAUGGAGAGGCUAUUACAAGAGCGAGAGGAGCUAGGCUGGGAGUUGGAGAGACUAAAAAAGCACAGGCUCGUCGUCGCCUCGGCUAAGAGCGAUACCCUUGAUAUUGACGAGGAGAUCGACAACGUUACGAGUAAAAUUAGUUAUUUGCAGGACAGUAUAUCGGAGUGCCAAAGAGCCAUGGUUGAAAUGGGUGACGCUGACGGUGAAACGGACGGCGACCCUGGUGUCGAGGCUCUCGUCAACACCAUCAAAUCCGUGGACGAGGCCCAAUAUCUCAUGCAGCGGAUGCUGACUUUCACGAUCGAGCAGAGCUACAUAGCCGCGCAGAAGCAAGUGGAGGCGCGCGACAUGGAAACUCGCUUGAACCAGGUGGCCCAGGAGAGCGACGUUCAGCAUCAACUGCUCGAGCACGUUUUGAGGGAUAGGGAUCUCCUAUCGUUAACCAGCAGCAAUAAUACGAACAAUACCACCGCGGCCUACAGUCCACCGAGUUCGCGCAGCUCAUCGCCGGACAACAGCGAGAGCCUUUCGCAAGGCAUAGGAGCAGACGACAAGCCAAGAAGUAUUAAAGUUCGCCGACGAACUGCUCAGCCUCAGGAGCUCUUGUACGGGAUAUCAACGAAUGCAGAUAAUCAAAAGACUGAGGAUCAGAAUCAGAAUCAGAAUCAGAAUCAAAAUCAAAAUCACAAUCAUCCGCUUAUGAGAGUCCCUAGUGCACCGGGGAGCUUAAAGGGGUUGGUACUCGCGAGGAAUCAGUAUGGAAGUGGGUUGAUCGGCUCACCGACGUUGAGUCGUCGCGACAGCACGUCACCACGUCCCCUGCGCAGAGCUCUACACGCAGGUGGCGGUUCCAUGGAGCAGGUUGCCCACAUGGACAUAUCUUCACCACCGGGAUCACCCACCAUCUACCGACGCUUCAACAGUCGGGAGGAAAACGUCUUUUCGAGGUUGACCGCAACCAGGCAAACACUUCACGUUGAGCAUCAACCGACUAAGGGGGUGAUCAGUAAUUACCAAGGAAAGGCUGUGCCCAGAGCAAUGUUGCAAUGCACUCAUGUGGCUGAAGGUCAUAGCAAAGCCGUUUUGUCGAUUUGUGUAACCAAUGAUUUACUAUUCAGCGGCUCGAAAGAUCGGACGGUAAAGGUAUGGGAUCUGGGAACGGGAAUCGAGAGCCAAACGCUUGGCGGACAUCCGAACAACGUCGUUGCCGUGAAGUACUCCUCGGUGCACCGACUGUUGUUCAGCGUCUCGGCAGCCUACGUCAAAGUCUGGGACCUACGUGCGAGCAACAGCUGCAUCAAGACCUUAUUCUCAUCGGGCCAGGCGCAAAGCGGCCCCCUGACACUGUCCACGCCCUCGAGGACGCUCCAGGUACCGGUCGGCGAGACGACGAUCAACGACCUCGGACUCGGCCUCGACGAUCGCGAGCUCUACACGGCUUCGAGCGACAAGGUACGCAUUUGGGACCUCCGCAAGCUCGCCUACGUCGGCAAGCUAAGCACUCCGCACGCAGCCGCAGUCAUGUGCCUUGGCGUUUCCGAGGACGGCAGGGUCAUCACCGGGAGCAAGGAUCACCUCAUAUCACUCGUCGAGCCCAACAUGUCCGGCCAAUCGUUGAGUCUUUCGCCGCCGCACUACGACGGCGUCCAAUGCCUAACGACCUACGGAAACGCAUUGUUUUCCGGGUCGAGGGACAUGUGCAUCAAGCGCUGGGAUUUAAGUAGAAUGGAACUGGUCCAGUCACUCAACAACGCCCACAAAGAUUGGAUCCUUGGAUUGUGCCUUAUUAACAGCGGGUCUGUCAUGAUAUCCGGAUGUCGUGGUGGCAUUCUAAGGGCAUGGGCCGUUCCGAGUUUCGGCGAUCAAUCGGGGGAGUGCGCGCUUCUAGGCGAGGUGCGUGCCCACACUUCGGCCAUAAAUGCCACAGUCACCAAUCAGCAGCACAUCUUCACGGCCAGCAAUGAUGGCACAGUGAGGCUGUGGAGCUACAACAAGAGAGACAACAGGACUUUCCAAAGGAGCAACUCGCUAAAAUGCUAGCAUACGAAGUAUUUUAUUUAUUUAGUAUUACUUCUCGCUUAUUUAUUGACCUCGUUUUACCAAUCUAUGAUAGGGAUCUAGCAGUGAGCAUUAAUUGGAGCAAAUUUGAAAUGAUAAAGAGAAG